AUGCUACCUUGUCUAUCAUCCGACGAUUAUCAACAUAUCCUAAUCAUCAAAUUUAAAAAAAAUUGGGUGGAACCUACUGAAAUCUCGGCGUACUUCAGUCGGCUUGUGAUAGUUUUUCUUUUCUUUCCUUUUUCUGUGUCACAAGAGUUCGGAAUUCACAUUUCUGAAUUCACCGACGAAAGAUGUAAAUACCAUACAUUAUACAUUUUUUCUACUCAUGCGGAAUCAAAUCAAAUGAAUCCCCGUUCUCGAAUACAUCAUGACUCUAAAAACCUUUUAUUCACGUUCGAAACAGAUUGUCGGUUGAAUGAGAAAUCAGAAACUGCGAAAUUAGGGGAGAUGUGA